AUGUGUGUGACAGUGCACUUUAUUGAUAUCCAUUGGAAACUUCAAAAGAGGAUCAUCCUGUUUUGCUUGAUCAAGGGUCAUACUGGAGAGAAGAUUGGGAAAAUGCUUGAGAAAUGUUUGCUGGAUUGGGGUCUAGAAGAUCUUUUUGGUGUGACUUUGGACAAUGUCAGUGCAAAUAGUGUCGCAAUUGAGUAUCUUCAAACCAGUGUCAUCAAUUGGACAGGAGCAGUAAUGAGAGCUCAAUACAUGCAGGUAAGGUGUGCUGCGCAUGUUCUUGCGCUUGUUGUCAAAGAUGAUGUGUUGUUGUAUCACAAGUCAGUUGGAAGGAUCAGAUCAGUUAUCAAGUUUGUUACCGAAUCUCCCUCUAGGUUGGCCAAAUUCAAAGAAUGUGCUGCUCUCGAGAAGAUUGAUUGUAAGAAGACGGUUUUCCUUGAUAUGAAGACCAGGUGGAAUGCUACGUAUCUGAUGCUUGAAGCUGCCAUUCCAUAUGAAAAGGUAUUUAAGAGGUUAGAAAGGGAGGACAAGAGCUUUCGUUCUAAGUAUAUUUUCAAAGAAUCUGAAAGUGAAGCUUUACCUAAUACCGAUGAUGAUACUGUUGUAAUUGAUAAUGAAGAUUAUUAUCUUAGUUCAUCUAGUGAAUCUGAAUGUGAGGGAGAUGUAUCUAGAAAGAAGAAUACUAAGAAAAAGAACAAGCCCCGUCAUCAUGCUCCCUAUGCUGCAGACUGGUCAUAUGCUAGGUGUCUUGUUAAGUGUUUAAAAAUAUUCUUUGAUGUUACUGUUAAGUUCUCGGCUUCAGUUCAGGUUACUUCAUAUGAAUUUCUAUGGCAGUUGGCAUUGAUCCAUGAACAGUUGGUUCGUCUUAGAGCUAUAGGAAACCGAGAUCCUCAUAUUUCUAGGAUGGCAGAAAUAAUGUUUCGGAAGUAUAACGCAUAUUGGGGGGAUUAUGAAGAUAUGAACUCUGUUAUGUAUUUUGCUAAGUUGCUUGAUCCUCGGGAGAAAGAAUCUGGUUUGAAAUUUGAUCUGGAAUGUUUGUAUGAGCAAGAUGAUUUCAGGGUUACAACUGUUUUGAAGGCUGUGAAACAAGAUAUGGGAAGACUUUAUGAUGAGUACACCAGCAUGUAUUCAAAUGCCAAUGCAGAGGAAGGUACUGGGUCAACAGCUGCUGCUGGUGUUGAUGACAUGGUUGUUUCUGUGCAAGAAGAGAACAUCGAGGAUAUGCUUGAAUCAAGGAAGAAAAGGCGAAGAAUGAAUGUUCAUAGCUAA